AGUGUAUACUCAUUCACUACUUCUUACAAAUCUGAAACAAGUGCACACUUUGGAAGGGGAGAUAAUUGGGACAGCCAUGCAGAUAGAAGGCAGAGCAGGUAAGUGAGGGCUCAGUGGAGAGACAGAGACCCGGAGAGACACGGAGGCCAAGAAUAUGCGGUGUGGCUCCUGAAUACUAAACGCGGAUGAGAAGGUUCUGGAGCACCGGACUGCCUCCACAGCACUCUGAUCAACAUGGAAAUCCCUCCAACAUCCCAUGCAUACCAAUGACCUCCCCCCCACUGUGCUCUACCAGUGGGCUCCAGGAGAUUGAUGGACAACACUGUGGAUACAGCAGUGCAUUCUGACGAGGAGGAGUAGUAGGAAGGAUCGGAGGACCAAUGCGCAGCGUGCAGCUCAACAGGAGACCACAGCAGAUCAACAGGAGACCACAGCAGCUCAACAGGAGACCACAGCAGAUCAACAGGAGACCACAGCAGAUCAACAGGAGACCACAGCAGAUCAACAGGAGACCACAGCAGAUCAACAGGAGACCACAGCAGCACAACAGGAGACCACAGCAGAUCAACAGGAGACCACAGCAGAUCAACAGGACACCACAGCAGCUCAACAGGAGACCACAGCAGCUGAACAGGAGACCACAGCAGCUCAACAGGAGACCACAGCAGCUCAACGGAAGACCACAGCAGCUCAACAGGAGACCACAGCAGCUCAACAGGAGACCACAGCAGCUCAACAGGAGACCACAGCAGCUCAACAGGAGACCACAGCAGAUCAACAGGAGACCACAGCAGAUCAACAGGAGACCACAGCAGCUCAACGGGUGUCGUGGAAUUAUUGAGACUACAGCAGGUCGACAGGAGACCACAGCAGCUUAACAGGAAGCUACACAGCAGAUCAACAGGAAGCUACACAGCAGAUCAACAGACCACAGCAGCUCAACAGGAAGCUACACAGCAGCUCAACAGGAGACCACAGCAGCUCAACAGGAGACCACAGCAGCUUAACAGAAAGCUACACAGCAGCUUAACAGGAAGCUACACAGCAGAUCAACAGGAAGUUACACAGCAGAUCAACAGGAAGCGACACAGCAGCUAAACAGGAAGCUACACAGCAGAUCAACAGGACAUCACAGCAGCUCAACAGGAGACCACAGCAGCUCAACAGGAAGCUACACAGCAGAUCAUCAGGACACUACAGCAGCUCAACAGGAGACCACAGCAGCUCAACAGGAAGCUACUAAGCAGCUCAACAGGAGACCACAGCAGCUCAACAGGAAGCUACUAAGCAGCUCAACAGGAGACCACAGCUGCUCAACUGGAGACCACAGAAUCUCAACAGGAGACCACGGCAGAACCAGGGGGUUCUGGCGAUCAACAUGGCUCCACCAAAUACUCCACCAGCGUGUCUAAGUGUGUGUGCCUGUGUAUGCAUGUGCCUGUGUGUGUCUGAGUCAGUCUGUGUGUGUGUGUGUGCCUGUGUGUGUGUGCCUGUCUAUGUCUGUGGUGGGGGAGUAGGAUAACGUGCUGUGUCAACACACAGACACACACACACACGCACACGCACAUGCACACCAACCAGACAGCCGGGGUAGAAGAAUAAACACAGACACACCCUCAGGAAAACCGCCCCCUCACAUCCUCAUCCUCCUCCCAGAUCGUGUGUCACGCUCCCCGUUCGUUGCCCUGGGUGAGGACAGAAUAACUAACAGACCAAGGGUUUUGUUGUAGCUAAGACUAGCUACUGUGAAAUGUGUUUUGAUAGGGCCUGUGGGCAAUCUGGGCAUCUACAGUGAAACGUAGCCGUGGGUGGGGGAGGCAUUGGAAUAACAUUGUUACUGCUGUCCGGUAACACUGGGCGUGCAUCCCAAAUGGAACUCUAUUCCCAUUUAUACUGCAUUACUUCGGGCUUUGGUCAAAAGUAGUGCACUUGAUAGGAAGUAGGGUGCUAUUUGGGGCGUAGCACUGGAUUAGGAUACCGUUAAGAAGUAGGAAAGGUUAUGCUGCUGCUACUGUUUAUUUUGGUGAAAGGAGAAGUCUGAGGGGAAUAUGAGAAAGCAGGCAGAAAGGGUGUAUUCUGUAGUACAUGUGAAAACUACUAUAAAUCUACUAUAAAUCUUUCCUGCACCACUAUAUCAAAACAUGCCAUCAAAUGUACUUGUCUCUUUAGUUUUUCCACUGCGUCUCUUUCAUUUCAUUGUAGACAUACAGCAUGAAGUCACAUGCUCUUUAACAUCCUCAAGCAGAAGUGCGGAGGGGGAAUGGGGGCCAUGUAUGAGACAGGGUCCCCCUGCCCCCCCUGGGAGUGUAGACAGGACCUCCCCCCUCCAUCCAUUAUGGACCUCCCCCACACCUUCAUUGUGGCCUGGUAGUGUCUCUCUCUCACACACACACACACACACACACACACACACACACACACACACACACACACACACACACACACACACACACACA